GACCUUGAGAGCUUUUUUCGUGGAAAGAACCUCGAGAAAGGAACACCUAUAUUUGAAGCGGGGCACGUCCAUGACAUGAGGGAACUGCUGGACUUGCAGGGAUCGGAGGUGACUGCUAGGUGUAUUCCGCAAACGAAGAUCAACGCACCAGCGAGAUGCGUGAAGCUCAGCAUCGGCCACAGCAAACACAUCCUAGCGGGGAGCUGCGAUUGCCUUGCUGGCGUCGCAGAGAAGCGCAAGCACGCCGCGGCAGUUGCUCUGUAUAUACAGGACGGCAAAUGCGACUCCAAAACAUCUCAUCCAAGAACGUGGGGCGUACCAACGUCUCGUAAGACAUACCCAAGGUAUUAGGUAUUCUAACGUUGCUCUCCCCAAAAAAAGGAAAAAGGUGAGCAACUUACCAGCUGUGUUAGACUACGCUGGGAAAAUAUUUUCGCCAAAGUUACUGCAAGUCCGAGACUUUUUAUGUUGCCAUUUUUCAGCGCGUGCAAAGGACGUUCCGAUAAACCACGUCGUCAAAUAUUUUGGUGAUCUCAACUGCCCCUUAGUUGAUAUGCUGGGCGCAGAAUGGUGUAUGCCAGCUGAGUCAGCUGUAACCCCUCCUCGUAGCUCUCAGCAAGCCCUGGCGCUGUUUAAUGGGACAGGAUUGGGAAAGAGUUCCACAGCUUUACUGUGGUACAGUGUGGAAACAAACUACUUCUUAAACGAAUUAACUUCCUCGAGAGGUUUGUAUCCCGGUGUACAGUAAUUAAGUAUUGAUAUCUUUUUUGUUCUCUUAGAGAACCUAAUUAAACCACAAAUGAACUAACUAACUGCUAUUGUGUCUGGCUUGCCCAUAGGUUGUCAGGGCCGGAGCUAUACGAGUCAGCGCCACGUCGCCGUGCCGCCUGAAGAUGUACCUGACCUGUCAGCUAGGACGGCGCUUGACCGUCGUCUUUGGGCUAACGAAAUGUUCCCUAGAAUUACUGCGACAAAGGCAUCACAGGAUUCUGACCUGCCGUAACAACCUCUACGAGCGUGCAAAGACCAUGGUUACCGAGGUGCCCUACACAGGCUACGAGGUGCAGUACGGACUGUUGAAGGGGCCAUCAGCCCGUAAGGCGUUUGAAAAGAAGCGCAACGUGAAUGUCGCCCAAUUUGGCCUGGUAGUUUGUCCUGGAGAGCCGUGGCUUGCGUGUUCCCCCGAAGGAAUUUUCAGAUAAACCAGACAAGCGGCUACAGUUGGAGAACCUGAGACCCAUUUCACUCACGUCCUGUGUGGGCACUCAUGGAGCACGUUGCCCUAACGAGACUGACCAACUAUCUCGAGGACAACGACGUAUUCCCGCCUACAAUGUUGGGAUUCCGGAGAAAUUUGUCUACACGGGAUGCAAUGCUCCACCUUAAGCAUCACAUUGUAGAUAACACAAGUCGGAACACCAAAGCUAUCUUAAGAUUGGACCUAAAGAAAGCUUUUGACAGUGUUACCCACGAAACAAUAUUAAACAGAAUAAAUGAGCUAGGCCUAGGCCAGCGAGUGUACAAUUAUAUACGAGACUUCCUUACUAACAGAAAAGCACACA